GAAUCGGGGAGAUGUUAAGGUUCCUCUCUCCACGAAGCAAAGAGUAAAGAAAUUACCGAGUUUCCAUCAUUCCAGAACUGUAAUUCUACAAACCCCUCUUCGUUAGAUAUUAAGAAGAGACCAAUAGAGUUUCCAUACUUUUUCUUUUCUCUCUGACUGAUCAAGUUGACAGCAAUCCUGCUUUUUGGUUCCCCAUUUCCUUGUUUGUCGAUUCUGCUUGAUUCAAAGGCAUCAUGUUGUCCACUUAGCCAAGUUUUGAGCUUCAACAGUUGCAACACGAUUUAUAUCUGUAAUUUUGGUAUCCCUAAAGGACGCUCAGCAUUGAUCAAAAUGGGCCUCUCAAGUCUCCCAGCACCAUCCGAAGGAGUAUUAUGUGUACUUCUGGUAAACACUGUAUUGUCGAUAUCCAUAUUUAAAGGCAUUGUUAGGACAAUCCUACACAUUGUUGGUAUCCAUCUUUCAUCAUCCACCACUUCAUCCCCUUCACCAGAAGCAUCCCAAAACCCAUCUGAGUCAUUUGAAUUCCAUCAUAGUCCCUCAGAGAGUUACUUUGAAGAGUUUAGAAGCCGGACACCAACACUUAGGUUUGACAGUGUGUGUUGCUGUAAACAACCUGAACAUGAUUGCUCUGUAUGUCUUACUCAGUUUGAACCAGAAUCAGAGAUAAACCGUUUAUCUUGUGGCCAUCUCUUCCAUAAAGUAUGCUUGGAGAAGUGGUUGAACUACUGGAACGUUACAUGCCCACUUUGCAGGACUCCCUUAAUGCCUGAAGAUGAUGAUACAUCUCGCUUUCAGUGAGCAAUGGUUGAGCAUGCUAAUAAGAGAAAGUUUCAUGUACAGUAUAGUGGUGUACAUAUUCUUGAGAGUUUUGAUGUUCGUGCAUCUGAGUUCUUCAACCUUUUUAACCCUUUGCCUUUUAUGAUGUAGAGCUUGUGGAGGGUUUUGUUUUCCUUUAUUUCUCUCUGUGCUCCUUAGCACAAACGAGGGAUAUACUUUUUGCUUGCAUCUUAUGUUUGUUCAUAAUGCCCACCUUGUUCAGAGCCUUAAAUUCUAUAUUGGGCAUUUGAUCCUAAUAUGGAAGCAUUAGUUGUACAUUCCUUUUCUUUUGCCCUUUAAACACUUCCAUCACCAUGUAUAUAUAUAGUGUAAUAUGUAAAAUUGCUGUGGUUGGCAAUAAGUCUCAGUUAUCGCAAAAAUAAUACAAU